AUGUCAAAUUCUAAGCAAAGACCUUAUGAGCAGGAAAACUAUCCUGCUUCACCUGAAAUAAUAUAUUAUGGUGACCAGAAAUUUAGCUAUACCGUUAUUCAAGAAGAAGGUAAUCCACAUUACUUAAUUUGUUUUGGAAAUAAUUUUCAGCAUCAAAUUGUUUUAGUUCAAUCUAUAUUUGAUGCUUUCAUUGAAUUACAUAAUAUAAUAAUUUCAAAUAAGAAAACUGCAGUUUCUGGAGUUCAUCUCUAUAGACUUCAAUUAAAAUGUAUUGAUAGAAAUCGCAAAAGUAAACUAUGGGCAUUAAAACUUCAUGAUGAAUCAAGUAAAACUACACAAAUCAGAUAUGCUAAAGGCCUUGCAAAAUGUGUACAAAUAAACUUUAAAAAUUCAAUUCAAGAUUACUACAAUCCUAAAGACCGCGUUGUUUUAAAGACAUUGGAAUUUACUGUACAAAAUAAGGAUUAUUAUAUAACAUUUGGAGAAAAAAACCCUAAUAAACAAAACCAAAAAUUGCAAUCAGUGGAGUAUGCUGUUUCUCAAACUCACCAAAAGAUUGAUGUACAUAUAGAACAAUUAAUACCAAUUAAUUUUGUUGACUUAACUCCAACUAUUAUAUCUAAUUUUUCAGAAGAAUCUGACAUAACUGAUCUGAUAAUUGUUGAGCAAGUUAACAGUGCAAUUAGUAAAGAUGCAUAUCAGAGUAUUAAAAAAAUUCUUAAAUAUAUAAUACCAGCAUAUAUUCAAAAUGAAAAAUUAGAUCCAACAUCGCCAAUUAUUCAUCUUCAUAUAUCUGGUGAUGGUCGUAACGUUAAACGAAAGUGUGAGAUAACUAAGAAUCAAUGUGAAGAUAGGCAAACUGAAUGGAUAAUUAGUAAAAAGAUGAGUAUUUUGAAUGAAAAUCCAAAAGCAUAUCCAAGUCAUCACUCGCCUCCACUUUUUAAUAUGAUUCUACUUGACCAUUAUGUAUUAAAUAAACUCCAUAUUAUGUUACGUAUUACUGAUUGUUUAUAG